GAUGCUGAUUUUAUAGCGACAUUGGGAUACAAGCAAGAGCUUCGACGACAUUAUUCGACAACUCAGGUGUUUGCCGUUGCGUUUAGUAUCAUGGGUCUAUUACCAUCGAUUGCCUCUACAUUGUCGUUUUCGAUGCCUGCAGGGCCCGUGGGAAUGGUUUGGGUAUUUGACACUAUGGUUCUUCAUGCUGAUUUGGCAUCUGCAAUGCCUACAUCAGGCGGUUUGUAUUUUUGGACUCAUUACUUCAGUGGAGAGAAAUGGAAGAACCCUUUGAGUUUUGUCGUCGGGUACAGCAAUACUAUAGGUCUGGUCGGUGGUGUAUGCUCGAUUGAUUAUGGAUUCGCUACUAUGCUACUCUCACUUAUCUUCAUCGCACGGGAUGGUAACUGGUCGGCCUCUCGAGGAGUUUUAUACGGUACAUAUGCGGCCUGUGUCAUUACUCACGGUCUCAUUGCCACAUUCUUUGCGCGCAUCAUGCCUAAGAUCCAAUCAGCCUGUAUCGUGAGCAAUGUCGGUCUCGUCCUAGCGACUGUCAUCGCCCUACCGAUUGGCAAGGCGAUGAACAACCCCCCGGUCAACCCAGGAGCUUAUGUCUUCGGACACCUGGAUAACCUGACCACCUGGCCAACCGGCUGGGCAUUUAUGUUGGCCUGGCUGUCGCCUAUCUGGACGAUUGGCGCAUUCGACUCUUGCGUGCACAUGAGCGAGGAGGCAACACAUGCCGCCCGUGCUGUCCCGCUUGGAAUUAUCUGGUCAACGGGGAUGUGUGGGGUUUUAGGGUUUGUUUCUCUUAUAAUCAUUGCAGCGGUGGUGGAUACGGAUAUAUCAGCUGUGCUUGAUUCGAAGUUCGGUCAGCCGAUGGCCCAGAUUUACUAUGAUUCCCUUGGAAAAAACGGUGCCCUUGGUUUCAUGGCAGUAGUGGCAAUUGUGCAAUUCUUCAUGGGUUUGAGCCUGGUAAUCGCCGCCUCUCGACAAAGUUGGGCCUUUUCCCGAGAUGGGGGACUCCCAUUUUCCUCAUUCUUCCGACAUGUCAGUAAACGCAUUCUAUUCCAACCAGUACGCAUGAUCUGGGGUGUAGUCGUCAUCGCCAUUGUCUUGGGUCUACUCUGCUUGAUCGACGAAGCAGCCUCCAACGCCCUCUUCUCUCUCGCAGUAGCAGGUAACAAUCUCGCAUGGAUGAUGCCGAUCCUCUCGCGACUCGUCUGGGGUAAAGAGCGGUUCCAGCCUGGUGAGUUUUACACGGGGCGGCUUAGCAAACCCAUCGCGAUCACUGCUGUUGUGUAUUUGAAUUAUGUGAUUGUUUUGAGUAUGUUCCCGACUACGGGGCCGAGUCCUACUCCGCAAAAUAUGAACUAUACGGUGGUUAUCAACGGUGCACUCUGGCUAGGGGCAUUGUUGUACUACGUUCUCUAUGCACGAAAAUUCUACAACGGCCCCAAGACCACGACGGGAGAGUCUACGUCAUCAAGUCCAUCUGAGACCUAUCUACAUGGUGGUAAAGAUGUACCAGGUAAAGAGGUAUGA